GACACAUUUCAAGUUCAUGCAUCGAACUGAUUUCAUUAUCUGUUAAAAUUUCUAGACUAAUUUUGUGAAUAUUUCUAUAAAAUUUGCAUAUACGAUGGGGUCUGACGCGGCUAAGAAAGAGAGCGAUACGACUCCAGCCCCAUACUACUCGUGCAACAUGGACCGACCUUUCUUCCUCGAUAAGAGAGUAUCAACAUGGUUCCAUUUAGGCAUGUCGCAUACCUUUGGCAUCGCUGGGUUCUACUUACUCGCCGUGGGGGCAAUACCCAGAGCUGCGAUUUGGCUCGUCCUCCUCCACGGUUACAUUGGGGAUUUUGGCAUCACAAUUGGUGCUCAUCGCCUGUGGUCACAUCACACGUUCAAGGCUCGACUUCCGCUACAAAUCUUCCUUGCUUAUUGCCAAACAGCGGCAGGACAGUUGUCCAUCUUCCAAUGGUGUCGAGAUCAUCGGCUUCAUCACAAAUAUGCGGACACGUAUGCGGACCCAUAUUCUACGAGACGCGGUCUAUUUUUCUCCCACAUGGGCUGGCUUCUCCGAAAGGAGCACCCCCUCUGCAAAGAAAUGGAGAAGAAUAUACCACUCCAUGACCUCAAUGACGAUUGGGUCAUCUGGAUUCAGUCCAAAUUUUAUUGGCCACUUUUCGCGAUUUCGGGGUUCGUGGUGCCAAUUUGGACAUUCACGUAUUUCUUUCCGGAACUGACGUGGUUUCAAUUAUUCGCGUUGAACUAUGCACAAUUAUUGAUUCCGAUGCACUUGAUUUUCUGCGUUAAUUCGAUCGCCCAUCGGUAUGGAUUUCGACCAUGGGAUAAAUAUAUCAACCCUGUCGACGUCCCAAUCCUCUCCUACUUCAUAAUUGGCGAAGGAUGGCAUAACUAUCACCAUACUUUUCCUUGGGAUUACAAAAGUCAUGAGGCUGGUCUUCCCGGUUUUGGAAUCAAUUGGGGACGACUUAUCAUCGAAUUCUUUGCCUGGACUGGACAAGCCUAUGACCUGAAAACCGUCCCAAUGGAGCUCGCCUUAAAGAGAAUGAAUAGAACGGGUUAUCCCAAGUUAGAGGAUAACCACUUUCACUCCGCCCCUAAAAAAAUUCCCCUCAAGAACGAGAAGGGUGAAGAGAUUGAAGAGGAUGACGACCACAAAGAGACGCCAGUUUGGGGCUGGGGUGACGAGACGAUGCACAAAGAGGAUCUUGACAUCACAGAGACUAGUUAUGUCAGAUCGUCAUCGGGUUAAUUAAGCAUAUCGAUAAUGAAAGCUGUAAUAUAUGUAUUUAUUCAAGUGCUGUGAUAUUUAGGGAAUAAAUUGUUUCAUAUUUAAAUCUGA